AGUUGUACUUCCACGUAAUAAUCCGAGGUACAACCCUUUAAAGCAGCCUGGACCGCCAAACGAAAAACACGAAGUUUCUGUUCUAACAGUUUGCAUCACCAAGAAAAGUAUAGAAGAACGGAAUACACUAAAAUAUUUGCCGUGCAUCCAAUUCUCUCUGUGCGAUACGGAAAAUUUCAAAUCAGCUUCGCUUUCAGACACCCAAUUCCCCGCAUUCAAUCGGGUCUUCUUGCUUUCUACUGGGACAUCUUCAGCACUGGGUUUUUUGUAGUGAAGAGUUUUAAAAAUGUUGGGAAUCAUAAGGCAAAAGGUGGCCGGCAAGCUCAAUCAUGCUCUGAAUUUUGAGCAAGGAGUUGGGGCAGUUGCGUUGAGGGCAUUUUCUUCCUCCGCCAAGCAGAUGACAGUGCGUGAUGCUUUAAACUCUGCACUUGAGGAAGAAAUGUCUGCUGAUCCCAAAGUGUUUAUAAUGGGUGAAGAGGUUGGUGAAUAUCAGGGUGCAUAUAAGAUCACCAAAGGUCUUCUGGAUAAAUUCGGUCCCGAGAGGGUUGUUGAUACACCUAUCACGGAGGCUGGAUUUACUGGAAUUGGAGUUGGCGCAGCAUAUCAUGGUCUAAGGCCUGUGAUAGAGUUCAUGACUUUCAACUUCUCAAUGCAGGCCAUCGAUCACAUCAUCAAUUCUGCUGCAAAAUCAAAUUACAUGUCUUCCGGUCAGAUAUCAGUUCCUAUUGUUUUCAGGGGCCCGAAUGGUGCUGCAGCUGGUGUGGGUGCUCAACACUCGCAGUGCUAUGCAGCAUGGUAUGGCUCGUGCCCCGGACUAAAAGUACUGGCCCCAUAUUCUGCGGAAGAUGCUCGAGGCUUGCUUAAAGCUGCUAUAAGGGAUCCGGAUCCUGUUGUAUUCCUUGAAAAUGAACUGCUAUAUGGCGAGUCAUUUCCUGUCUCAGCUGAAACGCUUGAUUCCAGUUUCUGUUUGCCUAUCGGGAAAGCUAAGAUUGAACGUGAAGGAAAAGAUGUAACAAUCACUGCUUACUCGAAGAUGGUUGGCUUUUCUCUUCAGGCCGCGGAUAUUCUUGCAAAAGAAGGGAUUAAUGCUGAGGUGAUAAAUCUUCGGUCCAUUCGCCCUCUCGACAGAUCUACUAUAAAUGCCUCUGUUAGGAAAACAAAUAGGCUUGUGACUGUCGAAGAAGGAUUCCCUCAACACGGCGUUGGUGCUGAGAUCUGUGCUACUGUCGUUGAAGAUAGCUUUGAGUAUCUUGAUGCACCUGUUGAGAGGAUUGCUGGGGCUGAUGUUCCCACACCCUACGCUGCAAAUAUCGAGAGAUUGGCUUUUCCACAGGUCGAAGACAUUGUUCGUGCAUCAAAGAGAGCCUGCUACAGGUCAAGAUAAUCAGCUACUAAGGAACAUGAGGAUUCUGCCCUUUUCGAAUAUUCUUCUACGAAGAUCAUUCUUUUUGGUAUGUGCGGUGUUCGUCUCUUUUGCAGGGAAAUGUUGGAUGAUUCCUCACGACAUUUGGGUUGACAAGUUUACUCUAGAUCGCGACACCCCCCAUGAAAAAUAAGGUUCUGAAACCGUGCUUUUCUGUUUCAGCAAUUUUGGGGCAUGUUUCUCUGUUAAACAAUACAACUCAAGGAAGAGACAAUUGCUUAUGCACUCUUUUCUUCUUUUUUUGGUGUGUGUGUUGGAUUUUGUGAAUGCUUUUCUGCUAUAAUAUUAUGCUGAAAAUAGAACU